UCCUGAGUGUCGCCCAGACACUGCUCAGCUUUCUGUUCAUUCACAGUUUAUGGACAUAUUUUUUAUUUUGUCCACAGUUAUUCGAGCAUUGCAGAAUAGUUGCUCGGGCGUGAUUGAUUUAUAACCAGUGGAAUUUCUUUUGAUUUUAAUAAGUUUCUUUUCAGGUUAUUUUAUGUAUUCUGCAAAAGAAAGGUUUGCGGUGUCCACUUUGCUGUACGUUGUCUUAAUAAACGUGCAUGAGGACAGCUGUUAAUGUGGCUGUGCAGAAAUACUACGGCAAGCGGCUGGAGUCCUCGGGUGAUCUGCAGACAGGUGCCGCCUCCUGCGGAUCGUCCUGCAGACCAGCGCCCAGAAGUGUUACCGAAGCUCUGAGUGAGGUUCACCCUGAGGUGACCAAAAGGUUCUUCGGCUGUGGUCUUCCAUUUCCAGCAAAGCUCGAGGGCUGCAGAGUCCUGGAUCUCGGCAGUGGCUCCGGCAGAGACUGCUAUGCUUUUAGUAAACUGGUUGGGCCGAAUGGACACGUGACUGGGAUCGACAUGACACAGGAGCUGAUCACAGCAGCUCGUCAGUAUGUUCAGUAUCAUCAAGAUAAGUUUGGCUAUAAGGAGCCCAACGUCACAUUUGUCCAGGGCUACAUGGAGAACCUCAACGAAGCUGGCAUUCAGAGUGACUCCAUGGAUGUAGUGAUAUCCAACUGUGUGAUCUGUCUAUGUGCUGAUAAAAGAGCAGUGCUGCAGCAAGCCUACAACGUCUUGAAGGAGGGAGGUGAGCUUUACUUCAGUGAUAUGUUUGCCAGUAAGAUCAUCCCUGAUCACAUGAAGCAAGACGCAGUCCUGUGGGGUGAGGGGAUGGGCGGCUCUCUGUUUUGGCCCGAUCUAAUCUCAUUGGCCCACAGCAUGGGUUUCAGCUCUCCACACCUCAUCUCAGCGAGCCACAUUGUGGUCUACAACAGUGAGCUCAAAGCAAAAGCAGGCGACAUCAGUUAUGCUUCAGGCACUUACAGGCUCUUUAAGCUGCCCAGAAGUCCAGCGAUGUCAAACGCUACUGUGACCUAUAAAGGGACGUUGGCAGAAUUCCCAGAUCAGCUGGACUUUGAUUCCUCCCACUGCUUCAAGAAAGACGUAGCAGUGCAGGUAAACGGAGAGAUGGCAGCAGUCCUCCAGAGUUCCCGUUUCUCCUCCGACUUUAAAAUCCAGAUGUUGGAUAAACAGGAGUCCAAGUCGGAGACAACGCCAGAGUAUUGCCACCUCAACCCAUUUCUGUUGGCUGAUAAACUGGGAUCCUCCGUGAAGCAGUGCUCUAAAACAAGCAAAUGAAGAGGCAAGUGACUGAUCUGAAGGCUCAACAGAAAUGUUGUUUUUGAAUUUUGGCUUUAUAAAGACAUAAUUUUACUAACUAAUGGGGAAUCUUGUAGAUAAUCUCACAGAUCGUGGCCAGUGACGUGUCUCCAUAUUUCAUAUUUAGACAUUAAAAUGUAUUUUUGUAGAAAACACAAGUAUGUUUCUCUGUAACACUAUCAACUCAGAGUUUGAGCUUC